GUCCCAUAUCUCAUAUCUCAAACCUCACACCUCACAUCUCACACCUGACCUCUCAUCCUUCACUGUCUCACUGCCGUCCCCUCUCUUAUGAUAAGUCAAUCAUAUCACCUGAACCCCCCCUUUCAACCCUUCAACCCUUCAACCCUUUAACCCUUUCAAGUGUUAUGCUGUCCACCCCUCUAGAGGUCUUGCUUCUGCUUCCAACUCUCUUGCAAGUUGCUCCCCCUUCCAGCCCCAAUGUCCAUUAUGUGUCUCUCCCAAAGACCAGUGCCGACGCGUGGCGAAAUGCUGAGAUUCUCCGCGGGAGGCGUAUCUGCUCGUUCCCUGUUACUCCAGAUCCUGUCCCCCGUUGGAAGCCCUGGUGGGACUCUAUGACCUUCCGUGCUUCAUGCAUUUCAGUCACGCCCGUUUCUUUGCAAAAGGCAAAAUGACAGAUCUCCCUCGCCAAUCUGGGUAUCACCUGCUAGGGGGACACAGAUCGAUCUGAGGACCCGGGCGCCCGCAUAAGUGUGAUUUCUCUUCAUAUCCAGGCCGUUGUUUCUCAAUCUAUUCGUGGCCCAACUCCUUGCGUCUUCCUGCCGUCUUCAAGAAGCGAGAUCAAUAGGGUGAUUGAUAGGUGGCCGGAACCCUAUAUUGCGCUUUAGGCGCGGGGAGUGCAGAACGGACUGCUUUUGAACCGGUUGUCUUGUACGCGGGUAUCACUUCUAUGCUUGUCUUUUUGACCAAAAGGAAAGGAAUGCUGGCCCAAGCGUUCCUGUGUCCAGUCCCCCUUCUGUUGCAUCAUCUCUAC